GGCGGAGGGGGGGCAGUGAGCCAGACCGGAUCCUUCAUGAGGGAAGAGGCCAGGGCCAGCCAACCAACCCCGGCUUCUCUUCUCUAAUAUUAUUCUGCAUUGCGAGCCAGGGAGCCCGAGCAGGAGGCUGCGCUAGUGUCCGUAGAAUGUCCCGUCAUGAAGGCGUGAGCUGCGACGCAUGUUUGAAAGGCAACUUCAGAGGACGACGAUACAAAUGUUUAAUCUGCUACGACUACGACCUGUGCGCAUCGUGCUACGAGAGCGGCGCAACCACAACCAGACACACCACAGAGCAUCCCAUGCAGUGUAUAUUAACCCGAGUUGACUUUGACCUGUACUACGGUGGAGAGGCGUUCUCAGUGGAGCAGCCCCAGGCCUUCACAUGUCCCUACUGUGGCAGGAUGGGCUACACAGAGAUCACCCUGCAGGAGCACGUGGCUGCAGAGCACACAGAGACCUCCACGGAAGUGAUCUGCCCCAUAUGUGCAGCGCUGCCAGGCGGCGACCCCAACCAUGUGACGGAUGACUUUGCUGCUCAUCUCACACUUGAACACAGAGCACCCAGAGACCUGGAUGAGUCCAGUGGGGUGCGGCACGUGAGGAGGAUGUUUCACCCUGGGCGUGGGCUGGGGGGUCCGAGAGCCCGCAGGUCCAACAUGCACUUCACCAGCAGCACCACAGGGGGGCUCUCCACCAGCCAGAGCUCCUCCCAGAGCUCCAACUACAGCAGAGAGGCCAUGGACCCCAUAGCAGAGCUUCUGUCCCAGUUGUCGGGGGUGCGGCGUUCGGCGGGAGGACAGCUCAGCUCGGGCCCCUCAGCCUCCCAGCUCCAGCAGCUUCAGAUGCAACUCCAGCUGGAGCGCCAGCAGGCCCAGGCAGCACGGCAGCAGCUGGAGACGGCCCGAAACGCCACCCGGGGCGGCAGCCGAGCCAAUGCCAUCCUCAACACCAAUUCAGCUGGCGCCAACCACAACUCCAGCGUCAACCACAACACCAACCCAAGUCCCAACCCGGGCCCGCCUGAAUCCAACACGCAGCAAACGGCACACAGCUCCCAGUUCCUACUCAGCAGGCUAAGCGAACCGCGGCUGUCGGAGGCGGAGCGGCAGGCGGUGGAGGCCCAGUGGGCCGACAGGAGCCUGUUUGUGACGGAGCUGCUGCUGUCCACACUGCUGCCCGACGAGGACGAGGCUUCCUCCUCGGAAGACGAGGACGACUGUCACGGCCCGUUGAGGAACUUCGCCCACUUCGAGGCCAUGGGCUGUGUUGAGGUCAUGACCCUGGACGUGGCACUGGAGAACCUCAACCUCAAGGAGAUGACCCGGCAACCAGGACGGCGAAAGCGGUGGCUAAAAGCCGCGCCUGCGAAGAAAGAGCCCCCUGCGCCGCCCCUUUGAUGACAUGGCCUCCCCCUCCCCUCAGACCACCGUUGAUCACGGCCGACUGCUGAGUCGGUCCAACUGCCAAUGGAUGACAAAAAAGACUGCAGUUCUUUUUGGCUUUGUUUUUAUUAUUAUUAUUAUUAUUAUUAUUAUUAUUAUUUUUCUCAGUGAUUGUCAUUUCAGCUGUCGCGCCCCACUCGGCCCGUGUCUAUUACGUUGUGUACAUUGAAUAAAAGUAGUGAGACGAGAGAAUGUGAAGGCAAGCGUGUGGCAAAGAAAGAAAAAAAAACUAUAGAAAUAUAUUAUAGAAAAAUCUAUAUGAAAGUUGAUAAUCAAUUCUACGUAACCUGCGUUUCCUCUAGCAGAUGAGCAAAGCGUAGUUAUCUGUUUUUUUUGUGUGUGUUUUAAGGACAGAAACGCGUCUCACACACACACUCGCCCAGGGAGAAGAGGCAGACGGAAACCUCUCCGGGGGCUGCUGUGUAUUUAUAGUUAUUAAUUAAAGAAGUGCUUGGAUGGUUUACCACAACUUAAGCAUGAGCUUAAAAUCACCACGUGCCCAUUUUUAACUGCACAGUCACCAAAAGGGGAGGUCUCUCUCUGUUUAUGUUGGGACACCUGAGUAACUAAAGGAACGGUGGUGAGUGCCACACCACUGGCACCACACACACACACACACACACCGAUGGGCGCGUUGGUUACAUUCAUGUCCAGUCUCAUCCCCUACCCCUCGUGUGACAUCACCUGUUUUGGGGUCAUGUGACCUUGCUUUAUAUCGACUGUGGGCACUUUGGUUUGGAAAUGCAUAUCCAGUGUCCGUUUGUGUGCACUACAUGAAGGCGUCACGCAACUCGGUGGCAAAUGGAGACAAAGCGGUCUCUUCGGUGCGACCGCUUUCAGGCCUUUCUUUUCUUUUUUUUCUAACAUGGAAGAAACUCAACCUGAUCUUCACAAGGUUGUUGUUUUUUUAUUUUCUCUCUUUCUCUUUAAAAGGAAGACCAAACCGCUACCGUCUCAAGCUUCCCUUGACCUGAAAUGAAUCUUCUCCAUCACUCAUGAAUGCAAAGAUCACUCAUCAUGUGACUUGAAGGAGAGACUCCUGUAUUGCUCUUUCCAUUAAUUUCUCUGUCAAAAACAAACAAGAUCUUUGUAUGCCUCCACUGCUACCUGAAGAAAUGCAAUGUAUGUUUUUUUUUGUCUGGAGUCAAACCACAGGGUUAAACCUUUUCAAUCUGGAGGACAAUAAAAAUGUUUUGGAUGGAAAUGAACUAACCCAAUCCUGCGCUCUGGUUGGUGUUUUUUGUACUUUCGUUUGUUUGUUUUUUCUCUCAGUUGCUAACUUUUUUGGUGAGCAUGUACAGCAUAUGGUAAAGAAAUACAAAUAAACACCUAUCUUACAGGUCAA